CAAACUGACAGACACUGCGGUGGGGAUGAUAAGGCUAAGGUUUGCAUUUUUUUGUCAUUAAAAACAUUGAAACUGAUGCUAUUGUGGACACACAAACACAUGCCUCUUCCUUCAACUUCACCCCCAAAAUCCAACACCAACACCUAACUCACACACCCUAAUCUUCAUUUUCACCUUCUGCAAUUCCAAGAACCAAAAGCAUAAAUAAGAAAAAAAUAUAUAUAUUUUUUCAUUUUUGGGAACACCCUUCUACUUAAUUUUCACUUUUCUGCCCUUUUUUAUUUGUUGGGGUGAUUAUUUUCAUUUGAUCUGAAGGUUGAAUUGCAGAAGGUUAUUGAUAUGAUUUAUCCUCUGGACUCUUCUCUUACAAGCCUUCAUUGGCAUAGGCACUGAUUCUAUUACACAUCAUGAAUUGUUUGGGCUUCAUCUGUUGCCAGUACGGAGGUCGAGAGAUCUGUUCUUGUCGCAGUUCUUGGAUGUAUAUCAUCAUGUCCUGGACUUUCUCUGUAUGCCCUGCAAAGGAAAUGAUGGUUGUAAUGUCUCAAAUGUGGAUGCCUCUGAUGGAUACAUAACACAGUUUGAAAUUCUUGUAGGUGUAAAAUUACUUGAUCAGGAUGAUAGCAUUCCAAUUGUAGUUGCUGAUAGGUAGCAUGAAUUAUUGAAUAGUGAAACUGGUAGGGUGGAAGCUAGGAUUGUACUUGGUAGUUGAUGGUUGUAUCAUGUAUGUCUUACCAUGAUCCUCUGGUAAAAGGGAAAGUGGUGAAAUGAACAUUUAAGACCAGGGUGAGGGAUCACAUUGAUAUUUCCAAGCUAGUUUUUCAUCUCUUUAGGAAGGUCAGAUCUGCAUUACUGCGUUGAAUAUUAGUGAUGGGCUUGCCACAGAGACUCCGUAGUGAAACUGCAGAAAAGGUUGCACUUGUGGGUGCAGCUUUAAAUAGCUCACCGCAGUUUUCUGAUGCAAGUCCCUCUGCUUUAAGCAGCAUGGACAGUGUACACACUAGUGGGCUGGCUGCAUGUACUCUGGGAUCUUCAUUUGAUGAUUUUCCAAAGAAUGCCUCCUUAGAGAUUUCAAAUGUUUCUGAUAAUACGAUUUAUAAAGGAGCCAUGGAAGUCACUUCCAAUGUCCACAGUUUGAAGAUUGGUUCAACAGAUAGAAGUAAUCCUUUUGCUUCAAAAAGUGGACGAAGUGUUCAUGUUCCUGUUUCAAGGGUUGUUGGUUUUGAAUCAGGCCGAACAAGUACUUUAACUGAUGGGUUGUCUGAAAUCCCAGCUGCAAAUGUUCAUUCUUCGGCAUUUACUAAUGUCCCGGCGAAUGACACUGAAUCUGCCAGUUCAUUGGUCAGGAAGCGACUUUUAUCUCCACUGAGCAGUAUGCUCUCCCCAAGUCAUUUUAAAGGUGAUCCUCUUGACAUUAGUGGCAGAAUUAAUGAGAGUGGUGCCCUUGUCAAGAAUGAUAAUGUUAGAAAUUCCAUCACACAGGAUAAUAAGAAGGCAAAUAUUGGAAGUAAAAACAGUUAUACAAUGCCUUCUUGGUCCUUGAUAAGUUGCUUUGAGCAAAGAAACACACCACCACAUAGUACAGAGUCCGUUUUUCAAACUAAUGAUCCUUUGAAGGAAAAUAGAGGACUACCAUCACAGGGUGGUUCACUCACUGCUGGAAUUGAUCACUUUAAGGAAUCAACUCAGGUUAGAUCUGAAAGUCGCAUAAUAUCUGUAUCUCCUAAAAACACGAGUUCUCUUUCCUUGUCACCUCUUGGUCCUAAAUUUUCUGAAAGAAUAAAAACUGCUGGAGGAUGUAGGAAUGUCGUUGAAGAGAUAAAGAAUUGCAAUAUAACUUUAAGGACUGUAGAACAAUCACUUGACAAUUCUAACACAUGCCUUAUGCUAAAUCAUAAGGAUGAUGACGAUUCAGGAGUUGCACGAAAAUCUUUUGAUGAUGUUGAAUUCUUGUGCCAAGAUUUCUGUCCAUCUUCUUUGGAUGAUAUUGCUGAUGCGAGUUGGCCUCUAUCUCAAGAAUCAGCUCCCACCUUUCAUUCCAUGAGAUUCACUAGAAGUUUGAGUGGGCUUUCUGUCAGAAGGUCUUUGGUUGGUUCAUUUGAGGAGUCUCUUUUAUCUGGCCGGUUCUUAUCUGGAAACAAUAGCAAGAAAAUCGAUGGUUUUCUUGCUGUGCUAAGUAUUACUGGGGGGAACUUCUCUCCUAAAUCACAGAAGCUUCCAUUUUCUGUUACUAGUGUCGAUGGAGACUGUUAUCUACUGUAUUAUGCAUCAAUCGACCUCGCCGGAAAUUCUUCAACAAACAAGUUUAGAGGUCAAUUGCUGAAGCGAGGGCUUAAAAAUGAUGAUUCACAAAUUGUAAAAAGCCGUUUGCGUAUACCAAUGAAAGGACGGAUUCAACUGGUGCUGAGCAAUCCAGAAAAGACUCCCCUUCACACUUUCUUUUGCAACUAUGAUUUGAGUGACAUGCCAGCUGGUACCAAAACAUUCAUGCGCCAAAAAGUCACCCUUGAAUCAUCCGGCUCCACUUCUCCUCAGUUGAAACAGAGAUCAACAGGUUUUAACAGUGGAGUCGAUAAGGGGAUUCCAUCAAUACAAAAGAAUCAUCACAUGGCUAGUAGUGGAGAACUAAUGCACACAGAUGCAGUUGAUGUUGUAAAUAAAUCGAAAUCUACAAAUCAAGGAAAUCGAAAUGGCGCUCGAUUGUUGAGUUUAUUAAACAAAGAGGAUUCUUCCAAGCAAUCUCCAAACAUGAAAAUGUUGGGAGUCCCCACGUCAACAAAGCUUAAUCAUGAAUGUAUUACUGAUGAAUGUGAGAGGAAUGAAAGAAGCUGUUGGGAUAAAACAUGUGAUGAAUUAGGGAAAUCAUUUCAUUCCUGUUCAAAGGUGAAUGACAACUCUAAUAGUGGUGGCCCCCUUCGUUAUGCACUUCACCUCCGCUUUAUUUGUCCUUUCCCCAAGAAGACCAAUAGAUCAGCUCAAAAAUGCAAACAUAAUUCUCUUCCAGAAAAAGCUGGAUUGGACAUGGAUGGGGAACGGAGAUUCUACUUAUGUAAUGAUUUGAGGGUUGUGUUCCCUCAGCGUCAUUCAGAUGCUGAUGAGGGCAAGUUGAACGUGGAAUACCAUUUCCCUGAAGAUCCGAGAUACUUUGACAUCAACUGAAAAUUCUAGAUUACCUCCUUGAAAAAAGUAUGCUGCUUUUGCUGACCCACUUGUACAUAAUCACAAGUUUGUCUUCACUUGAGUCAUGUCCACUUGAAAAAUGGCACUAACCCUUUUCCCCCUUGUAAAUAAACAAUUUCAAUAAUUCAAUGGGUUAACUAUUUUCAAUUGCUGAUUAACUAAGAAGUUAACAUGAAAACCGGAUGUUGAAAUGCAUAGGGGAACUUGAUUACCCCACACUUUAUAUUGUUUUCUAGACCCAAAGAUGCAUUUUAAGAAGUGCAUGUGGUGACUAUCAAAAUCGUGUUAAAUGAAAAAGAGAACAGAAAAGAAAAGAAAAGAGAAGGAUUAUCUAGUGACUU